GUAACAUGCUUCAGAGCAUUCCGGGUGCCUCUUUCAAAACGUCAUCUUAAGUGAUCGUUUGUUCACGAAAAUAAUUCCUGUAAAUACGGUUCACCACCGACCAAAGGUGGUGAUGAGAAGAAACCAUUUGCAGUAAUGGCAUCAGCAUUGGAGCUAUUUGUAAAUAAUGUGCGGACACUCUCAAAACAAGGUAACUUUAGGGAGCUAUCCGAAAUAAUAAGUAAAAGUACAGAUGUUCUAAUAAAAAAUGGACAACACUUAGAUAAUGUUUUGGAAACCUUAAAUUUGCAAGAACAUUCAUUAGGUAUUUUGGCAGUAUUAUGUGUAAAAUUUUCACUGCCUAAUCCUAAUGGUUCAAACAAUGCUGAUGCUUAUAAACCACUAUUUAGUCAGGUUCAGGAAUUUAUUAUUGGUUGUAAUGGAGAACAAGUUAGAUUUGCUUCUGAUAUAUAUGCAGAAUUAUGUCAUUUAUUUACCCAAACAUUGGUUGAAUUACAAAUACCAUUGCGUGGUAUUGAACUUUUAUGCCGUGCAAUACGUAAAAUACAACUAUUUGAUAGUCAGCUUACUUCAAUACAUGCAGAUCUUUGUCAACUAUGUCUUCUUUCUAAGUGUUUUAAGCCAGCACUUGAAUUUCUCGAUAUAGAUGUUACUGGUAUCAAUCAAGAAGAAGGACAGUUUGAUUCAAAAUACUUUUUACUUUAUUAUUAUUAUGGUGGUAUGAUAUAUACAGCAUUAAAAAAUUAUGACAGAGCAUUAUACUUUUUCGAAGUGUGUGUAACAACACCUGCCAUGGCAGUUAGUUACAUUAUGUUAGAGGCCUAUAAAAAAUAUAUUUUGGUCUCUUUAAUACUGCAUGGAAAAGUUUAUUUACCUAGGUACACGAGUCAAGUGGUUAAUAGGUACAUGAAACCAUUGGGUCAACAGUAUCAAGAAUUGGCUACAGCUUAUCAAAUGAAUAGUUGUGAAGAGGUGCAAAAUAUUAUUACCAAGUAUCAACAAUUAUUUACAAGAGACCAUAAUAUAGGAUUGGUGAAACAAGUGCUGAGCUAUUUAUAUAAAAAAAACAUACAAAGGUUGACAAAAACUUUUUUAACUCUUAGCUUAAGUGAUGUGGCUAGCAGAGUUCAGUUGUCUGGACCUGCUGAUGCAGAAAAAUAUAUAUUAAAUAUGAUAGAAGAUGGUGAGAUUUUUGCAACAAUCAAUCAAAAAGAUGGUAUGGUAGUAUUUCAUGAUGAUCCAGAAAAAUACAAUUCGCCACAAAUGUUAGCAAAACUAGAAAAAGAAAUGGCAGCGUGUAUGGAAUUGGAUAAACGAGUUCUUGAAAUGGAGGAAGAAGUUGUUCUUACACCUCAAUAUGUUCGAAAAGCUUGUGGACAGAAUGAUCAAGAUGAUCAGACAGCUGGUCCUGCUCCAACAAAUGUAACAAAUGUGCAAGGUCAAUCUAAACAUAGCAACUAUUCCAUGUAACAUAUACACGUCGUUGUGCGUUAUCUUUAUUAAAAAAAAAGAAAAAAU